AUGGCCGACCAACGAUUCGAGGAGAUCGUCCAAAGCAUGUCGCUGGUGCCUACUGAAAUGGCCCACGCUAUCAUCGAUGAUCUUCGUGUUCUGGACGUGCUCAAGAUGUUGGUAUAUGACGAUGCCAGAGUCACUGCUGCAAUUUCUUCGCACCCUGGCUGCCGAGCCUUGUUUGGCGCGGCCCCCAACACGUUCCGUGAAAGAAAAGAUCUGAUCCAAAAGUACUGGAAAUUGGCCGGCAGGAUUGGAGUCAACUUGAACACAUGCUGGUAUAAAUCAGUUAUUGCUCUCAAUGUCAGUUCUGUCGAGUCGGAACCUUUCGACUCGAUCUCCAACGACCUUCACGCUCGCCUCUGGAAGUAUACAAAGAGCCAGGCCGAGGUCAUUGAUUUAAAUCGCUUCGCCGUAGGGUCUAAGCGUAUUUCGGAUGUUAAAUCUACUGCUCCUUUCGCACAGCUCGAGGAAUAUUGUACAGCCGUACAUGCGGCUAAAGUUCGCUUUUUUGAACAAGCGUCGAGCCAGCUGCGCCGGGCGUGUGCUUUAUUGGAAAAGAAUCCCGAUCUCUUGAAACGCACACUGGACCCGGAACAAAUACGGCGGCCUAAUAUCAUACACCUGACCUCCAGGAUGAACUUCAUCGCCGACAAUAUUUCCAAGAGCGAUAUGCAAAAAUUGGUACACACCGAGCACUACCGCUACAUCUUCUACCCGUUGACUCCGUUCGACUCUUCUUUGGCAGAGUUGCUUCGGAUGAUGGAGGAAUUUCAGAUCACCACGGGCGGCGUAUUGUUGCUCAACGAAGGGGGUUCCUCGAUACAUGGACAGCAGCAUUCCCCAGAGAUCAACCGGCUGGUUCGUGUCGUGAUUGAUGGCAUGGCCCACUAUCACACCUUCUGGCCCAAAGAUCCGGACCGGUUCAAACAUUGCCAAGUCACGAAUGAGGACGGCGAUGCCUUGCGAACGGGUAAUACCCCUUGGUCAGAGCAACCAAACUUGAUAUUGGAUCAGCCGCCGGAGGGACCUUUUUUCACGCCCCACAAAUCCGGGACCAAUAAACAAUGGUUUCGGCCACUGGAAUAUGCUGGACGUGAGCCGUUUGACGCCAAAGAAGAAGAAUGGGUGACGUCUUUCGUUGAGCUAUAUCGAUACCUAGAGACAUUGGGUAAUAAGCCAAAUACUGUGGGAUGA